UGCGCAGAUAAGCACAUAAGAGGGAGACAAGCACGGCCACCCUCCCAGAGGCGGCUCAGAGCAGGGAGGACGCCUGGAGAGGCCAGGACCGCCCCAGGCGAGAGGAUGCUCCGCGCGGCCCUCGGCGUGGUCGCCCUGCUGGGGCUGGCGGGCAGCUGCAUUGUGCCGGAAGACACCAUCUCCAGGAUGCUGCAGCACCUGGAGAGCUCCGCCAGCACCGACGAGCUGCCCAACCCCAGCAUCCUGCUGGCGCUGAACCUGGCCGGGGCCGGUGACAGCAGCAGCUGCAAGCAACUGCUUCAGCAGCUGAAGGAGACAGCGGUGGAGAGGGCCUCAAAGGACAUGACAUCGGGGGACCUGGCACUGUACACGCUCGCCCUCCUCUCCUCCUGCCAGGACCCCCAGCAGGUCCAGGCGCUGGGGCACACCAUUGACCUGCUCAACCGGCUGCAAGAGGAGACGGACCAGGAGAUGGUCUACCUGGAGAUCGAGGGCGCCCCACAGACCACGUUUUACCAGUUCAGUCUGGACAUCCUGGCACUGUGCCUGGAGGGGACGGGCAGCUACGAGGUGGCCGCCGUCAUGCUGGCCAAGGAGGUGCUGAAUCGCGGGAGCGGGCUCUCCGUGGACACCCGCGCCGUGGCGGCACUGGCGCUGACAUGCGCCCACAACCGGCUGGCCACGGAGGACCUCAGCGAGCUGCGGGAGCUGCUGCAGCACGUGGUGACGCAGGUGGCCAGUGCCUUCCUGGAUGAGCAGGAGCAGGGGAAUGGCAUGAUCGGCAACAUCUACAGCAUGGGGCUGGCCCUGCAGGCGCUCACUGCCACGGCGGCAUUUUAUGCCCCCCGGGAGUGGGACUGCACCCAGGCCUUCUCCGUGGUCUUCGAGCACGACCUCCAGCAGCCCAUGGCCAUUGCCCAGGUCCUGCCUGCCCUCCUAGGCCGCACGUAUCUGGAUGCCACCAGCGUGGACUGCACUGCCAAGGCUGACCAAGGUAGGGCCACCGCUGUGGUGCACCACCCUGUACCCGCCACCCAGGCCCUCCCUAACGCCACCCCCCUCUCAGCCUCCUUCAUCACGGUGUCCUAUUCCGUCAUCAACGAGCUGAGGGGAGCCCACUUCCACUACACCACCCAGGUGCAGGUGCCAGCUGGCUCGGUGCUGCUGGCCGUGCUGCAGGCAGCCCAGGAGCAGGACCCGGAUCACUUCAGCUUCCAGACUGAGGCGACGUCCUGGGGUGCCAUGGUGGUCUCCAUCCAUGGGCUGGCCGCCAGCACCACCGACAAGACCUACUGGCAGCUGCUCAGUAGCGGCGACGCUCUGGACCAAGGCGUCGACACCUACAAGCCGUGGGACGGGGAGCACGUCGAGGCCGUCUUCAGCACCUACUGAGGCAUCGAGGGACCCGCUGCCGUGCAAUAAACAGCUCUCGCAUGCAGCCUGUCUCGUUGCUGCCCCCGGGGCGGG